GCUUUCUUUUUCCCUAAAUUCAUUUGAAUUAUUUUGUCAAGGAAACUUUUUUCAAAUAAAAAUAAAAUGAUCAUCAAGGAAUAUAGAGUAAUAAAUAACUGCACGCGCGACGAGUAUCAAGUGGGUCAAUUGUAUGCUGUUGCAGAAGCUUCAAAAGCAGAAACUGGUGGAGGGGAAGGUGUGGAAGUACUUAAGAAUGAACCAUAUGAAAAUGCUGAGGGCAAAGGACAAUACACGUAUAAGAUAUAUCACCUUUCUAGUAAAGUACCUGCCAUUAUUCGUGCGAUAGCACCGAGUGGAGCACUUGAAUUAUACGAAGAGGCAUGGAAUGCUUAUCCUCAUUGUAAGACUGUUUUAACUAAUGGAUACAUGAAGGAUAAUUUUAAAUUAGUUACAGAGACGAUGCAUGUUGACAACAGUCGUGGUGAAAUUGAUAACGCUUUGAACAUUUCGCAAGAUUUACUUGAAAAACGUGAAGUUGUGAUCAUUGAUAUUGCAAAUGAUCCUAUCGAGCCGAAAGACUAUAAAAAAGAUCAAGAUCCAACUUUAUAUCAUUCCGAGAAAACGGGUCGAGGUCCAUUGAAAGACGAUUGGAUUAAAAAAGCUACACCUACCAUGACUUGUUAUAAACUAGUCACUGUCGAAUUUAAAUGGUUUGGCCUUCAAAAUAAAAUUGAAAGUUUCAUUCAAAAUGUUAUGCGAUCGCUAUUCACAAAUUUUCACAGACAACUUUUCUGUUGGACUGACAAAUGGUACGGUAUGACCAUGGAUGAUAUUCGAGCAUAUGAAGAUAAAACAAAAUAUGAUCUUGAUGAGUCUCGUGCAAAGGCUCCACCUCAGGAAGAAACAUAAGGAUAAAACAAAAAUCUCACGAAUUUAAUACAAAUAAUAGAAAAUAUUGAAUUUGGUUUACUGCAUUAUGCCUUUAAGAUAUAACAAUUAUUGCAAUAAAUUAUUUAAAUUUACAAUGGUUGCUAAUUUAUUCCAAAAGUAUACUAAUUGCCAUGGCAAUACAGGCCAAUGAGACAUAUGGACUCAACCGCUCUCCAAUUCUUGCAGCCUUCCAAAAUAAACCCAGUAUUCCAGUCUUAUUUCUAUCGAGAAGAGUAGGCGCUUGAGCUUUAACAAAAGUACAGGUACAAAUGGCUAAUAAAAUCACAAGUAGCAAACUUUGGAAAUUAAAUAAUGCCGAC